ACAAAAGACCAUAAAAGUAUCGACUAUAUUAAAAGUACAAAGAAAGAAAAGGCUACACUCAGAUCCAAUAAAAUAGACUUGAUACUUUGAUACCCAAUGAAUUCCCUAUUAAAUAAAUACCCAACCGGCCUGGGUCCAACUCUUCAAAGCCCAUAAUGCCCAUUGUGAAUUUUAAAUUAUGAGUGGACAUAGAUAGACCCCAUGAGCCCAUUAGUGUCUGUGUGGCUGCUGUGGGAAAUCUCCUUAUCUUCAAGGAACGGAGCAUUCAAAGCAUCAAACGAUGAGAAACACUAAUUUUCUGGUUUGGUAAAUCAAAUGGCUUCCAAUCUCCUCAAGCUCCCGAUACAAACAAUCAAUACUAAAAAUCCUUCAGUUCCAUUUCGUUUCACCAGAACUCUCCUCCCAUAUCACUCAAUUCCUUUACAUCAUCGUCAUCAUCAUCAACACCAACAUUCCAAUUUCUCUUUCUUCCCCCCAAAUCUCCUCCACAACUCAAAAUUCCCCUCUCUAUCCCUCCACUGCUCGCUCUCUUCUUACGCCCCACCCACCACAAAAGAAGAAGCCAUCCUCCAAGCCAAGACAUGCCUCUCCACCACCUUGGAAAAGCCCCUCAACAAUCCGAGACUCGCCGGGAAACUCAAGAAACAGAAACAACCCAGGUUUCGAGUGGAGAUCCCUGUCAUCGACGAUUCCCUCGAGUCCACCGCCCAACUCGCUUUCGAUGUCUUCGGAGACCUACCCAUGAAAAGAAAAGGUACGCUGGUUAAGAUUCUCAUCUUGUGGUCUAAUCCUACGCUGACAAAAUUAGCUGACGAAGCCUUCCAGUCUUGCCCAUCAAACCAUGUCCGAGUCGACCACUGGGACAUAUCUUCCCUUACUGAUGAGCUUACUGAUGAGGAUACCAGAAUUUUGAACUCCGCUGAUGUAGUGGUGUUUUCGGCUCCUGAGUCCUCACAAGUGGAGUUUAUAAAAACGAUUUCUGACAAUCUGUAUCCAAAGCCGGUGGUGUUUUUCAACCCCAAGUGGGCUUUUGAGGAUGAGAGCGGUUUCGGAGAAAUGAGUGGCUUCUUGGCGUCCUUUGAGGUGGUUUAUUCGUUCAUGGGUUUGGAGGUAAGAGGGGUUUUGAGUAAGAGAAAAGGAAUAGUUUUCAGGUAUGUGAGAGAUGGGGUUUUGAGUGGUGAGAGAUGGGCGGUUUGGGUUGAAGAGGAAGGAGAAAUGAAAGUGAUUUCUAGGUUUAAGAAACGGCCGUCGAUUGGUGAGGUUGAGAACGUUUUGUAUAACUUAAUGGCCGUAAAUUCGCCAAUUACCAAGUCUGCCAAGUUUCUUAGGGAUCUUGUCUCGAAUGUAAGCGGAAAAAAGUGAGUAUAUAAGUAUAACCGAGAGUUUGUGCUGUUGUUUAUUCAUUUUUUUUUUUUUUUUUUUUUUUUUGAGAAUUGUGGCUCAUUUGUGUGUUCUCAGUUUUGUUCGUCAAAAGAUAACCAUGGAACCACAACAACUGUUUGUUGAAAUUCCUGUGAAAGGAAAAAUAUUGGCAGCGCCAACGAUGUUCAA